CGGCUAUAAAAAAUGGUGAAGGAAACGACUUACUACGAUGUUUUGGGGGUAAAACCCAAUGCCUCCCAGGAAGAACUAAAAAAGUCAUAUAGAAAACUAGCCUUAAAAUACAACCCAGAUAAGAAUCCAAAUGAAGGAAAAAAGUUCAAGCAGAUUUCUCAAGCUUACGAAAUACUUUCUGAUGCAAAGGAAACAGAUAUAUAUGACAAAGGUGGAGAACAAGCCAUCAAAGAGGGUGGUUCUCGUGGUGGCUUUGGUUCUCCAAUGGAUAUCUUUGAUAUGUUUUUUGGAGGAGGUGGAAGAAUGCAAAGGGAACGGAGAGGCAAAAAUGUCGUUCAUCAGUUGUCAGUGACCUUAGAAGAUUUGUAUAAUGGUGCAACGAGAAAACUGGCUUUGGAAAAGAAUGUAAUUUGUGAUAAAUGUGAAGGACGGGGUGGUAAGAAAGGAGCUGUAGAAUGCCGUCCCAAUUGCAGAGGUACUGGAAUGCAAAUAAGAAUUCUUCAGAUAGGACCUGGAAUGGUUCAGCAAAUUCAAUCAGUUUGCAUGGAAUGCCACGGGCAUGGGGAACGAAUCAGUCCUAAAGAUAGAUGUAAAAGCUGUAAUGGAAGGACAAUUGUUGGAGAGAAGAUGAUUCUGGAGGUUCGUAUUGACAAGGGCAUGAAAGAUGGUCAGAAGAUAACAUUCCAUGGUGAAGGUGACCAGGAGCCAGGACUUGAGCCAGGGGAUAUUAUCAUUGUUUUGGAUCAGAAGGACAAUGCUGUCUUUACAGGAGGUGGUGAGGACCUUUUCAUGUGUAUGGAUGUCCAGUUGGUUGAAGCCUUGUGUGGCUUUCAGAAACCAAUAACAACUCUGGAUAAUAGAACUAUACUCAUUACUUCUCAUCCUGGUCAGAUUGGUAAACAUGGAGAUAUCAAAUGUGUGCUGAAUGAAGGUAUGCCCAUUUAUCGCCCACCUGAUGAGAAAGGAAUUCUAAUAAUUGAAUUUAAGGUAAACUUCCCAGAGAAUGGCUUUCUUUCAUCAGACAAGCUAUCUUUGCUGAAAAAAUUGCUGCCUGAAAGAAAGGAAGUAGAGGAGACAGAAGAUAUGGAUCAGGUAGAACUGGUGGACUUUGACCCAUCUCAAGAAAGAAGACGCCGUGACAACGGAGACGCUUAUGAGGAUGAUGAGCAUCGUCCCAGAGGUGGGGUUCAGUGUCAAACCUCUUAA